UAAAAACAAGUAGGGACCUAUUUAAGACGAUGCAAAUGAAUAUUUAUUUUUAUUAAUACCCGUCCAGAGGAACAUUAGCUGAACAAAGAUGAGCGUGUUUGUAGGGUUUGUCGUUUGGUGUUUAGCACUGCACGUAGCGCUGUCUCAAAAGGGUGACUCGAAUUUGAAUUUUAUAAAAUCGGUAUCCUCCAACAGGUAUCCAGUGGAAAGCCACGAAGUCCACACCGAGGACGGAUACAUUUUGACCAUAUUCAGAUUACCAAGCGGGAGAAACUCCACAGUGACGGGAACGAAUCCUGUUCUACUCAAUCACGGCAUGUUAGGAUCAGCGGAGAACUGGAUAGCAUUAGGGCCCAAGCGAUCGUUGGGGUACAUCCUGGCAGACGCCGGUUACGACGUCUGGAUGAUGAAUUGCCGAGGCACCGGCUACUCCAGGAAGCACGAGAAAUUAAACCCCGAUGAGAGGGAGUUUUGGCAAUUUAGCUGGCACGAAAUUGGUGUAUUCGACAUACCAGCAGUAAUUGAUCACAUUCUGAGCCAAACCAAUGAAACAAUGCUCAACUACAUAGGCCACUCGCAAGGUUGCACUUCCGUGUUCGUGAUGGGAUCAGAUAGACCGGAGUACAACGAUAAAAUCCGGAUCAUGAUCGGCCUGGCACCCGGAGUAUUCUAUAGACAUUUCAAGAAUGAUAUAUUGAAGCUUGCGGCUAAUUACAACAAAGUGCUAGAGAAUUUUGCGGAUUCUAUGAGAAUUUACGAAUUGCCACCGCCCUUUAUGUCUGCAGAUGAGCUUAGGAAUGCUGUGAAAUAUCUUUGCGUCGAUUCAUCGCUGUUGCAGAAUACGUGCUCAAAAGUAUUCAUGCUGCUCACCGAGUCGAAGCCAUACCUCUAUGAUUCGAAUUCACUGAAACAAAUUUACUCAAUGAUGAUAACUUCAGUAUCUGUGAAACAAGCGAUUCAUUAUGCACAACUUGUAACUUCUGGUAAUUUCCAGCAGUAUGACUGGGGUCCCCAAAAGAAUCUUCAAAAAUACGGCACGGAAUAUCCACCUCUAUACAAUUUGAACAAUAUUACUUUUCCCGCUGCGCUUUUUUACAGUAAGAGGGAUACAUUGGUGAGCGAAGAAAACGUGAAACUAUUGGCGACAAAAUUGCCGAAUUUGGUAGGUAUACAGAACGUUCCUGAAGAUUUUACGCAUUAUGAUUUUAUUCUUGCUAAAUAUUCAGACACAAAAAUAUUCAGGCCAAUUAUGAGAUUAUUAAAUAGAUUUAAUAAUAAACGAAUGUCUUAACUAUUAUAGGUAUUUCGUU